CCUCUCUGCCGGAGUCCAGAGCCCAGGCUCCAAAACCGCAACCAAAUGUCCUCCUCGUCCCCCUCCCCUACCCCGUCGCCGUCGCCGUCCCGCCUGGUGCCGCAGCUCCUGGUCGCCCUCCUCCAGCGCCGCCGCUUCGACUCCGCGCUCCGCCCGUCCCCCACCUUCCGGGGCUUCUCGCCGUCCUCCAUCGCCGCCUUGCUCGCCGCCAUCCCGCGCCUCAUCCUCCCGCGCUCCGCGGGCCGCCUCUGCCCGCAGCGGCCCUUCCCCUCCCCGUCCUCCUCCUACCACCGCCGGGUCGCCGCCGCGCUCACCCUCGCCUUCCUCAACUGGUCCCACUCCGACGCCAUCCCGCACGUCGUCCCGCUCACCGAGGCCCCGCUCCGCGCCGCCGCGCUCUCCCUCGCCCGCGCCCGCGCGCUCCCCGCGCUCUUCGGCCUCCUCCGCGAGCACGCCCCGCUCGUCUCCACCGCCGCGCUCACCGACGUCAUCCGCGCGCUCGGCGAGGAGGGCCUCCCGCGGCAGGCCCUCGCCGCCUUCCACCGCGCGCGCCAGCUCCGGUGCUCCCCGGACGCGCAGUGCUACAACACACUGCUCGCUGCGCUGUGCCGGAACGGCCGGUUCAAGGAGGCCAGGUUCCUGCUCGACCAGAUGGAGCGCCCCGGGGCGCGCUGCAGGCCUGACUCCUACACCUACACCGUGCUCAUUUCCUGGUACUGCCGGAUCGGGGCGGGGACUGGGUGCCGGAAGGCCGCCAGGAGAAGGAUCUAUGAGGCCGGCAGGCUGUUCCGGAGGAUGGGAGAGAAGGGGCUGGAGCCGGACGUCGUGACCUACAACUGUUAUAUCAAUGGCCUCUGCAAGACGUACCGCGUGGAGCGUGCGCACGAGGUGUUUGAUGAAAUGGUGAAGAAGGGGUGCAUGCCGAACCGGGUGACAUAUAACUCUUUUGUGAGGUAUUACAGUGCGGUGAAUAAGGUUGACAAGGCUAUUGAGUGGAUGAGGGAGAUGGUGGCGAGGGGGCAUGGGGUGGCGACAUCAAGCACAUACACACCUCUUAUACAUUCGCUAUACGAGAGUGGGCGGAUCGGGGAUGCAAGGCGGUUCAUGAUCGAGAUGGCGGAAAGUGGGCACCUACCCAGGGAACACACCUACAAGCUUGUGAAGGAUGCAACCGAGGAGGCCGAUGAGGAGGCCUUGCCAGCAGAGCUGUGUCACUCCAUUGAGGAUGGCAUCAAGGAAAGGUUUCAGCAUGUCAUGCGUAUGAAGCCCAUAAUGCGACCAGUGACAAGAUAAUCAGGAUCAACAUUGAGGUUGUGCAAACUUAACACAGGAGAGGUUCAUCCUGCACACAGAAGCUUCUUGAUUGAGAUGUCCAAGGGGCAUGCUAAUGCAUGUGUAAGCUGUUGAAGACUCUGAUCGGGAGUGCCUUGGGUAGGAAGCUUUGUUGAAAGAGCCUUGCCUUUGAGAGUAGAUGAUGAUCCCAGGGGAAAAGCACUUAAUGAAAUGAGAUUCAAGCCCAAAACACCACCAAUCAGAACUCACAGGAUUUGUUCCGAGGCAAAGAUGAAGUGGAUUUGUGCAGAAGGUAAAUGAUGUCUGAGAUUCUUCUCACAAUCAUAAUUGAUGCGGGUGCAACAGCCAACAAGCCUGACCUGUUGUUGUUUACAAGUGGUAAAACCUUUGUUACUGUACAUUUCUGGGAUCGUGUAGUUUGCAGCAUGACCAUCAUAAAUUUGUAUUUCGCAUUUUCUUUUAUAUACUUUCAUCACAAGGAAUUUGCUUUUCUUACCCAGGUCUACACAUGUUCAGUUUACCAGAAUUGCCAGUAAAUUGUUGGUGAAAUUGUGUGUUUUCUGUUCAUAAUUACAUUAAUGCUUUGUAA